CUCCUAGGUCGGAAACUGAGUUAUUCUUCAUUUGACGGUGGAGUGAACUCUUUGUUACCGAAUAAAUAACACGGUACGUAUUGCAGCGGUCCAGCCAUGAUGCGGCAGAGAGACUUGAACAGUAAAUUGGAAGAAAUAUGGAAUCACACUCAGACGGUCGAGCAGGAAAUGAAGUCACUGGAGGAACUAAAUGACAAGCUUGACUCCAUACCGAAGACCUGGCAAAGACAAGUGGAUCAGUGGGAGAGCUCGGCAGAGACCCAAGCUGUUAUGGACGAUACGGACUUUAUCACACAAACAAAGCAGCUGGUGCUGCAGCAGAUAAAUGACAUCUUAAAUGGGGCAGAUCAGAUCGUGUCCACUCUGUUGACAGUGGAAUUGCCUGAGUGGAAGUGCAGGCAGCAGUGGGCCUGCAUAGGUGGUCCAGCCAACACCCAACUGGAUCAUCUUGAGUCGUGGUUCACCAAAGUAACGCAGGUGCUCCUACAAAUACACAAACAACUGAUGAAAUUCCAAGAGCAGAACAUGAAAUACGUCACAGACGUUCCUCAGCUGUUUGAUGCCACGAGAGAAGCCAAGGAAGUCACGUGUGCCCUGGUGAAAAAACUACUUGAGAGCGCUCUGGUGGUGGAGAAACAACCUGCAGCAUUGAAACGCCAGCGGCCUUUAAUUAUUAGCACCAAAGUGAAUUUCACAGUGACCGUUAGGUGGUCCCGCUGGACUGUUCCUGGGAGCCAAGUUUUGGAAUCUGUUUCCAAAUGGAUUUUGGCGAGGUCCUCUUCACCACCCUCCUCUGAGACCCUGGAAGUGCCGUGGUUCUCCUCUCCACCCAUGACUGCGCCUGUAUGGUGGCAGCAGUGUUUGCUGCAGUACCAGUACCGGCCGGUUCGGGAGGAGUUGGACGGGAGUCAGGGGUCAUCACAGGAGCUUGGAUCCAGUGUGUUCCUAAACUUCUGGUGCCACUCCUCGGAGCCCUUACGGCCUGAGGGUGUCCAGUCGGCUGACUUAUGGAUGGAAGAGUUCGGGCAAAUGUCACUCAAGGAAAUAAAAUUAAGAGCUCAAGGAUCAAAUAAGAAUCUGCGUGUGACUGAGGAACUGCACAUCAUUAAAUUUGUGACCAACCUUCAGUUUGCUGGACUGGACUGUAAUAUUGAGGUUACACCUCUGCCGUUUGUGGUUACCUCCAAUACCAAUCAGACUUCCAGUGCCUGGGCCUCCAUCAUGUGGUGCACCAUGCUGACCACCAGCGAGCAGAAGAAUCUGUCGUUAUUUCUGAAUCCACAAACUGUCACCUGGCAGCAGCUGGCUCCUGUUCUCAGCUGGCAGUUUCUGUCAGUCGGUAAACGAGCACUUGACGAAAACCAGCUUGCUGCACUGAAAGACAAAUUUGUUGAUCAUCAAGAUGGUCUCGUUCACUGGAAGACCUUCUCCAGUCCUAAUGGUAGUGCUUGGAUCUGGCUAGAAGGAAUCUUGGAUUUGAUUGAAAAAUCUUUGGUGGAUCUAUGGAAAGAUGGGUGCAUUAUGGGUUUUGUGAGCAGAAGACGACACGGGGUUCUGUUGCAGGCAAGUCCAACUGGGACCUUUUUGCUCUCCGUUUUAGGCGAGAGCAGCAAAAGAAGGAAGCCAUCUCCCAUCAGCUGGGUCGAUCACUCCAACGGAGAGUCCUACGUUCAUCCCGUUGAUCCAUACACCAAGAAGGAGCUGUCUGUGAUGUCACUGGUGGACAUUAUUUACCAUUACAGUGUGACGGACCGGAUGAACACAACCAGGAAUCCUCUCCUUUACCUGUACCCAGAUCUCCACAAAGAUGCUGCCUUUGGGCGCUACCGCGCCGUUCCUGAAUCAACAUCAUCUAUAACUGUUGACGGUUAUGUGAAGAGAAAACACCUCCUGUCGUCCGUUGACCUGACGCCACCGCCAUCUCCACCCACAGACCUGCCCACGAUGGAUGACUCUGACAUGGAUGUAGACCCUGUGGUUGAGAGCCGUUAUGUGGUUCAAGACCUUUUCCCUGCAGUCCUGGACGUUUUUCCACUGAGUCCACAGAGUGCGCCGAGUGUUGGAGAAACCUCUGGCUUUGUCCUCUAAAUUGUACAUUUGCUGUCAUAUUGUUUUGUA